GUCUCAUCCCCGUACACACUGGAAGCGGAAGCUAUCGGUGGAGUUGCUUAUGUUGUGUGAAGGCGCUGUAAUUAUUGUAGUUAUAUUGUAAAAACAGCUGCUUAUAUGUACUAAAUAAUGUAAUUGCGUCAUCAUAAAUGCGUGUGAGGCGUUAAUUUAAGCGUUUCCUCUUCAGUUAGCUGCUAGCUUUGACUUUAACUGAGAACAAACGUUAGCGAGAGCAACGUGAGGUCUGCAAACAUGAACGCAGUGAAAAACAGAGACAGCGGAGAAGUGAUUAAAAACUACCACAAGCAGGCGUUUGAGUACGUUUCAAAGGCUUUACGGGUCGAUGAGGACGACACAGGAGACAAGGAGCAGGCGGUGCUGUGGUACAAGAAAGGGAUUUCUGAGCUUGAAAAGGGGAUUAAAGUGGAGAUCUCAGUACAAGGAGAACAAUAUGAGCGAGCAAAGAGACUUCAGGAUAAAAUGGAAGCAAAUCUCACCAUGGCAAGAGACAGACUGGCUCUUCUGGAGGCAACGUUAGCAUCCAAAAGGAGGAGCGCUCCUCAGAGGAGCUUUACUCUCCCUCAGCCGAAACCGGCCCCUAAGAGUCAGCCUGGCGAGGGCGUGUCCUCCAACGUCAGACCCUCGCCUGCUGUCAGACCGCCGUCUGGACCUGCAGAUUCAAAGGCGACCCCUCGGACGGGAAGGCCUCCAAACGGAAGACCUGGCGCAAUGAGACCGCCCCUGAAGAGGGAUAUGAAGAACUUCAAGAACGUGGACAGCAAACUGGCCAACCUGAUUCUGAAUGAAAUCGUGGACAGCGGAGCGUCCGUCUCCUUCGACGACAUCGCCGGACAAGAACUGGCCAAGCAAGCUCUCCAGGAGAUCGUCAUUCUCCCCGCCUUAAGACCAGAGCUCUUUACCGGCCUGAGAGCUCCGGCUCGCGGCCUGCUGUUAUUCGGCCCGCCUGGAAAUGGAAAAACCAUGUUGGCCAAAGCAGUCGCAGCAGAGUCAAACGCUACAUUCUUCAAUAUCAGCGCUGCCAGUCUGACCUCCAAAUAUGUGGGAGAGGGGGAGAAGCUCGUACGAGCUCUGUUUGCUGUGGCUCGAGAACUUCAACCCUCCGUCAUAUUCAUAGACGAAGUGGACAGUCUGCUGUGUGAGAGGAGGGAGGGGGAACACGACGCCUCUCGGAGGUUAAAAACAGAGUUCCUGGUGCAGUUCGACGGGGUUCAGUCAGGAGGGGACGACAAGGUGCUCGUUAUGGGAGCCACCAACAGGCCUCAGGAACUGGACGAAGCCGUGCUGAGGCGCUUUGCUAAAAGGGUUUAUGUGGCGUUGCCGGAUGAGCAGACGAGAUGCACGCUGCUGAGAAACCUUCUGGGGAAACAAGGAAACCCUCUGAGCGCCAGCGAGCUCUCCUACGUGGCAAAGAAGACGGCAGGAUACUCAGGAAGUGACCUCACGUCAUUAGCCAAAGACGCCGCUCUGGGGCCGAUUAGAGAGUUGGGACCAGACCAGGUCAGGAGUAUGGCUGCUAGUGAGAUGAGGAACAUCAACAGGAAAGACUUUGAAGAAUCCCUGAAGCGCAUCAAGCCGAGCGUCAGCCCGACCACGCUGACCAUGUACGCACAGUGGAACAAAGACUUUGGAGACACGACGGCGUUGUGAACCUUUCUGCUUCCUCUACAAGAUGUCACUGAAAGAAACCUGUGGCAGGUUGAAGAUGAAUGAUUAUCAUCACAUUUGGGAUCAUUAUUUGAUUCUUUAUUAUGAUUUAUAAAACUUUCUUUACGGUAUUUCUUCACUCCUUAAACUUUGAAUGUCGUUUAUUUAUUUUUGAGACUGUCCUGCUAAAUUUACAAAUGAUCCUCUGCCACUAGAGGGCAGCAUACUUCAGUAAAUCAACCCCUAAACUUCACUGAUUGAGAUUCUGUUGCACAUCCAUGAUUCCCCCUGACGUGUUGGUAUUAUUGAUCACUAAGUGCUCUGCAGGCUCUCCUGAUUGGAGCCUUUUAAUGAGUGGAAACAGUUAGAAUGACGUGUUGGCUGACUCUUUCAGUUCUAGCGAGCGUUAUAAUACUCACAUGAAAAGCAGGUUGUGGUGGCUUCUCAGCUUCCUGGUGCAUCAAUAAACACCUUCAUGAAAAGUC